GGUAUAUAAAGCCAUCAACUUCACAUCAUCUCCCUACCUACUUUCCGAUCUUCAUUUAAAUUCUUUAUUUCUCAUCUUCAUCUCUGCAAAUAUUAUUUAACAGAUUCGAUAUUUUUUUUGAAGCUUUGUGUAGUUUUAAUGGCAGCAACAUCCUUUGUGACUUGUGGUUUGACCAGCUUUCAUAAGCUUUCAUGUCAAAGAUUUGAUCCCCUCUCCUCCUCCACCACCGCCACCGUCGCAACCACCACCUCUCGGUUGUCACUACCAAAAUCCAUGGUGGCGGGUGGGUGUUUUUCACCAGCUAACCGGAGAUAUCUCAGCUCCGAUGACCGGACAUCUCAGCAUGGCAACAGAUCAAAGAUGGAGUUUGUAGUCUACAGUGCCGAUCAAGUUGCAGAUCUUCUACCUUUUGGAAUUCAACUGCCUGAAAAUUGGCCGGCGUGGCUUCCGGGAGUUCUUUUGGCAGUUGUUGUUCCAUUUUUCACAAAUAAAUGGGGGCCCUUUUCAAAAUUUAAAGCGGAACUCGACAAGGUAGAGGAGGCGGUGGAUAAUGUGGCAGAUCGGGUGGGAGAAAUGGCAGACAAAGUCGAAGAUUUUGUUGGAGAUAUCGCAGAUGAUCUCCCGGAAGGUAGCCAAUUUAGACAGACUUUGGAAAAAGUCGAAAAGAUGGCCGAUACCGUUGGCAAAGAUGCUAAACUAGUUUCUGAUAUGGUCGAUAAGAUGGAUGAAAUGGAAGCAAAAUUGGAGGAUAUGAUGGAGGAAGCGAGCGAGAAGAAGAAAAACACGACUGCUCCUACACCUACUCCUACUCCUACCAAAGUAGAGCCACAAUAAUAAGACUACCUUUUUUAUGUACAACUUCUUUCCUUUUAGGUAUAGGGAUCGAUAAUCUUCAAACGUUGCCCAUUUGCUUCGUUUCGUUCCGUUCCGUUCCGUUUUAUUUAUCGAAUUUGGAACACCGAGAUUUACUUAUACCUUAAAUUGUAUGCGCUUUUUUGUUGAAAACAUGUGAGAUAUGAAACACUGUAUCGCCCGAAACAAACGGCUGUGAAGGA